CCAAAAAUGUGUUUGAGGUCUAAAAAUAAAAAUCAUAAAUAAUAAUAAUUCCUUCAAAUACACUACGGCCUUCGUGCCACUUAUUGCUCAUGCCCUAAUAAUAUUUGCUUAAACAGCAUUUUUUUGACAGUGUUCCAGCUUUUCUCCUUCGAGUCACUGAGUUGGCUAUGCAAGUGAAGUGACCUGCCAGCUGAGCAGAGACUGUUUACUCUGAGUGAGCCGUCAGGUGAAACUGCUGUUUGCAGCAGUAUGCCGUGAAGCGAACACCUAAUGCUUUGAAUAUGCCAGGCUGCUUAUAGCAGAUAGAGGAGCAGCCAGCUCCAUGUCCACGAUUUGGGUGUGAACAACUUGGGACACAAUGUCUCCCUUGCUGAUAUCCUUCCUUCUGAUUCUUCUGGUCGGGAUUGUGUUGCUAUGUUUCAUUUUCAGGUGGCUCAUGUGCUCCCUGGCUGUGCGAUUCUUCCAGAACGCACUGAAUGCAGAUCUAAAGAUCAAAUCAGUCGGGCUGUUUUCUGUCCAAGGAGUUAGUAUCCAGUUUCACCCCCAGCAUACUUUGGAAAUUGACAAAAUAUGGAUUUCAAGUAAACUUCUAAACCAGGAUUUGCCGAGAUACCUGGCAUUGUGUGUUGGGGAAACCAGAGUAAGGUUUGACUUGCAAGCACCAUUGAAACCUUUGGUGAAACAGAGCCAUGGAAAGAAGUCAGGGAAGUUUUCACUCAGCCCCACAGCACUUCGCUUUCUGUCACAACUGCUGUCAUUCCACGUCAGCUCAAUCAAUGUGAUGGUACUGAACCUAGCACUGUCAGAGUCUCUGUGGCACAUGACCAUCACAGGCAUCACCUUGUUACUUGACCACCAUAGUAAAAGGUUGGCGUGGGACUUCUCAGUCGGGCAGCUAAGCAGUAAAGUCCUUAAAAGCAGCCAGUUGGACAUAUGUUUGGCUGAAGUGGCUCUGAGCCUGUUACUGUCUGGGGAUGUGAGCCUACCAGAGAUGAGGCCAGGUUCUCUGUCCCUGUGUGUGAGGACGCUCAUAGCAGAGCUGCACGAGGGUCUGUUCCUUAGCCAAAUCCUGGUGUCUGCGCCCCCCAAAAAGAGAAUUCCAGAUGCAUCUGGUGAACAAACACAAGAGAGUGAAAACACUGAAUUCAUCCAGACUGAAGCUGUGGAACGGUUUCAUCAACUAAUUCCACACAAGGUCAAUGUGGAAUUUGAUAAUACAAAUGUAACACUGUCCAUGCAAAGCCAGAAGAGACACCUGAACUGGACUCUGAAGUCUUUAAAGGUCUGCUACGGACGUGACGAUGAGCAGCUUCUCCUUAAAAGCUUCACUCCUGAGCUGAGGUUUCCCCAGAGUAGCCUGGAGCUCCUUCUAGAGGAUGGACUUCUUCUGUCUCAAAGUAGGCAAAGAAUCCUUUGUGUGAAUACCCUCAAGACAACUCUGCAGGUUACAUCAAUGGACAUCUCAGGGUCAUUCACAGUCAACACUUGCAUCAUCCACUACCGUCACCAGGAGUUCUCCCAUUGGCUAAAUCUAUUUCCAUGGGAACAACUAAUCCACAGGAAAGCAGCACAUAGAAAAAGUCCAUUAGAUUAUUUGCCCAUCCUCCUUUUACUUAGGCGCCUCCCUCACCUGGAUGCCCCCGUGAUGAUCACCUCCUCCGUGUCCAACGUUAAUGUGUCUGUUCAGCUGGGAGACACAACGCCUUUCGCUCUGGGCUUCCUCUCUGCCAGUGCGGAACUGCAGCAUCUUCUUGACAUGAAAGUUGACAAAGAGAGGCAGUCCCAGAAUGUGCACCAGCGUGCCUCACUGAUCCUGGACAACUUCUGGUGGAGAGUGGGUCAGGGGUCUCACAUUCAACAAGCACCCCACCCUCCUGGUAAACAUGUGUGGGGAGAGGCGUUAAUUCUAGACUCCUUAAGACUUCAGGGGAGUUUGAACCGGCCCCAUGUGGAGUUUUGCAGCCAGGCUCCGAGUCUGAGUGUGGAGUCCAGCUUGAGGGGACUUCAAGUGGAGCUUUCAGAGACCUGUGCACUGUGUCUGUCUCGCCUGCUGUCCCUCAUCUGCGUUCCUCGUGACACGGGGCCACAGCUGUCUGACGUGCCCCUGGUGUCUCCCCCUAGUGACGAUACUGUACAAGGCAUCCCCUUUUCACAGCUAAGCCUGCUUUUUAAACUGGACUGUUGUCUGGAGGAUGUUAAUGUGUUCACCGUCUCUAAUCUGGCAGGAGCUGUGUCUUUGCGGAUGGAUUCAGUCGGAGUCCUGAGCUCUGCAGAGAGCUCAAGAGUGUCUCUACAGGGUGUUAGCUUGUCAGUGGUCAAGACACUCACAGAGAACAUGGAAACGUGUUGCCCCGCCUCCCAGACUCCCAACCCUGUCCUCAAACUCGCCACAAUAGUCCUCUGUUACCAUAUCACCACUCACACCUUACAGGUUCAAUGUGAAGAGGAGCUUGCUGUCGAAUGGACGCCACCGGACCACAUGGUCUUAUAUCAGCACAUGACUGAAGCUCAGGCUUGUUGGCGUAUGCUUAGAGGAGACCAAGAAGAGGACUGUCCUGUCAAACCUACGGAGGGUGAAAUCAUUGCAGGCCAGAAUAGAGGGUUGUGUGUGCGUAUCGAGCUCAGCUGCACUCGUUUGACAGCCCACGUUAGCGAGCAGAACUAUAUUCUCCUGCACACAGAAGCCCUCUCAGUCUCCAAGCAUGCUGGUUCCAUGCACAUUCGCUCCCCUUCGCUGAUCUUCAACUUUGAUGGUAACAACAUUGUCUCCUUUCAAGGCCUAGAUGUGGAGACACAAGCAGAGCUGACUGAAAUGCAGCUUCACAGAGACAACUUCCCCUUCUUCACCACUCCUCACAACCGCGUCUGGGUGCUCACUUGUCCGAUCCUGGCUGUAGAGUUCCCCUACCAGUACAAUUUCUCAAACACCUUUGACAUGGCCAUCAGUGUGCAGAAGUGGUUAAAGACUCUGCAUCGCUCCCCAAACCAGGCCACUACUGUCCAGCCUCUGCCUCCUGACCUCGUGUUCAAAAUCAGGCAGUUCUCGUUUGUCUUCUUGGACGAUGUCUUUGAAAUCAAGCUGCGAGACAACUACGAGUUGAUGAAGGAUGAGAGCAAGGAAAGUGCAAAGCGCCUGCAACUUCUGGAUAAGAAGGUGGCGGAUCUGCGUAAGCAGCAUGGAGAACUUCUGCCUGCCAGAAAGAUAGAAGAGCUGUAUAGUUCACUGGAGAGAAAACACAUUGAGAUCUACAUCCAGCGCUCACGCCGCCUAUAUGCCAACACACCCAUGAGGAAGUCUCUGCUGACCUGGACUGUGUCAGACCUGGAACUUGUAGUCCUGGCUGACCAGUCUCUUCAUGGGCCAGAAAGGGUGAGAGAGCAGCUGAGGGACAUUGACGGGAUCAGUCCCUUCCCCAGAGAGGGACUCCCUCUGGUGGUCCAGUGGUGCCGUGCUAUCAAAUUUAAACUGGCUGCCUUUUUGGUGAGAAUUCGGGACUACCCUCGUUAUCUGUUUGAGAUCCGGGACUGGGAACUAUCAGGGCGUCUGAUCGGGACGGAGCAUGAUGGACAGGCCAGAGCUCAUCGCAAAGAGAUUGUCCCACUUGGUCAACCAUGGGGAGAUGUGACAGUCCACAGGAAUAUGCCACCACUCAAGUUCUACUAUGACUUCAAAUCCAACAUCUCUCUCUACACUAUUGUGUGGGGGCCAUGUUGGGACCCUGCCUGGACUUUAAUUGGCCAGUCAGUCGAUCUGCUGACCAAACCCACAGUUGAUCCCUCACCUCCCCUGGCCUGGUGGGACAAAAGUCGUCUCCUACUGCAUGGACGCUGGGUUAUGGAUAUUGAUCAGGCUAAUCUUCAUCAGCUAGCUACAGAGGACCCAUACAACACUACAGAAAACUUGCACUGGGAGUGGACUAAGCUGAACUUUGACUGGAACCCUGGGCAGUUUGUUUUUAAAGGAGAUUUGGAUGUAAACGUCAGGACAGCAUCAAAGUACGAUGAUAUCUGUUUUUUACACCUGCCCAAUCUGUGUAUGACCCUUGACCUCCAAUGGCUUUGCCAUGGCAACCCCCAUGACCACCAUGCUGUAAUGCUCUGCUGUGCGGAGAAUGUUGCAGACGUGACCUCAGGACAACCUCAUGACUCCUACAGAGCUUUUCGCUCAGAGAACCUCAACCUCUCCAUCACCAUGGACCUUAACCAGCACUGUGGCUCAGAACUUUCCCAGCCCAGAAUCCUGCUGUACAGCAGCACCCUGCGUUGGAUGCAGAACUUUUGGGCCACCUGGACAAGCGUAUCUCGACCAAUCUGCAGAGGCAAGCUCUUCCACAGCCUCAGGCCAGUCCGCAAGAAGCUGGGUCAGCACUACAAACAGAUGUCUUACACAGCUGCCUUCCCUCAACUACAAGUGCAUUACUGGGCCUCCUUUGCCCAGCAGAGAGGUAUCCAAGUGGAGUGCAACAAAGGCCAUGUCUUCACUCGAGGGGCACAGAGACUUAUUCCACAGGCUGGCACUGUGAUGAGGAGGCUGAUCUCUGAAUGGAAUGUAACUCAGAUGGUCAGUGAGCUCUCACAAGUGACUGUUCACCUGAUGGCCUCCACCUGGGAUGAGACCGCUGACCACCAGAUCAAUGCUCAGGUGAAGAAGACUCACCUGCUCAGCCUGUCCUCCCUCAGCUACCAGCGACAGAGCAACCGCAUGGAAGAGGAGGUGAACCCGCAGGAUGAGACCAACGCCUCUUACACCCACAAACUGCGCCUGGUGGACCUGCGUGCCUCCUGGACCACCACCAACAGGAACAUAGCCUUUGGGUUGUAUGAUGGUUAUAAAAAGGCUUCAGUAUUGAAGAGAAACCUUUCCACUGAAGCUCUGAAGGGUCUGAGGAUCGACACACAGCUACAGACCAAGAAGCUCAAACGCUCUCCUUCCAACUACUCUCCUAACACAGCCCCUACCACGCCAGUUGUGCCCACCCUCAAUCGAGCAGAGAAAAGUCAACAUGAAGGAACAUCAAUGCUCCAGAAACUGAUUGAGGAAACAGAUAAGUUUGUGGUGUUCUCAGAGGAGGACUCCGGUGUCAGUGAUCAGCUCUGUGGCAUCGCAGCUUGUCAGACUGAUGAUGUCUAUAACCGCAACUGGUUUAUCGAGUUGGUUAACUGCCAGAUGAUGUUGCGCGGCACGGAGACAGCAGGCUGUGUGCUGGUGUCUGCAGCCAAGGCGCAGCUGCUCCAGUGUGAGUACCACCCUGCCUGGUACAACGACACCCUGAAGCAGAAAACCACCUGGACCUGUCUGCUGGAUGGCAUGCAGUACUUUGCCACCAUGGAGCCCAACCCAUCUGAGCAAGAGGACAGGCAGCUGUGGCUGGAGGUGAAAAACAUAGAGGAGCACAGACAGCGUAAUCUAGACUCAGUGCUGGAGCUGAUGGAGAGUGGCCAGGCUGUGGGAGGAAUGGUUAGCACCACUACAGACUGGAACCAGCCAGCCCAGGUGAACGAGAUGCAGCAGGUUCAACGUAUCAUCUCCCGGUGUAGCUGCCGGAUGCACUACAUCAGUUACAGUCAUGACAUCAACCCAGAGCUGGCCACACAGAUCAAACCACCAGAGCUGAGGAAUAGCCAUGAGAAAGAAGACCUGCUGAAAAAACAAGCUGGGGCUGUAGACACUUUCACCCUCAUCCACCACGACCUUGAGAUAUCCACUAACCCUGUCCAGUAUGCUAUGAUCCUGGACAUUGUCAACAACCUGCUGUUACAUGUGGAACCCAGACGCAAGGAGCACAGUGAGAAAAAGCAGCGUGUGCGUUUCCAGCUGGAGAUUUCUAGUAACCCUGAGGAGCAGCGCAGCAGCAUCUUGCAUCUCCAGGAGGCAGUCAGGCAACACCUUGCUCAGAUUAGACGACUUGAAAAACAGAUUUACUCCAACAUCAGGGGACAACCUGAUGAACUAAGCAGUGAUGAACUGAAUGACAUCAACACAAGGCUGCAGAACCAGCUAAACCAGGAGAAAAACGACAUGCAGAUGAAGAGUGAAGAGCUCAACAUUCUCAUCAGGUGUUUUAAGGAUUUCCAGCUGCAACGGGCAAACAAGCUGGAGCUGCGUAAACCUCCGGAGGAUGUGAGUGUGGUGAGGAGAACAGAGAUCUACUUUGCCCAGGCCCGCUGGUGUUUGACCGAAGAGGACGGCCAGCUAGGCAUUGCUGAGCUAGAGCUGCAGAGAUUUAUGUACAGCAAGCUGAACAAGUCUGAUGACACUGCAGAGCAUCUUUUGGAGUUAGGCUGGUUCACAAUGAACAACCUUCUGCCCAAUGCAGCAUACAAGGUGGUGCUUCGUCCUCAGAGUGCCUGUCAGUCAGGACGACAGUUUGCAUUGCGCAUCUUCAGUAAAGUCCGCCCCCCUGUGGGAGGAAUCUCUGUCAAGGAACACUUCGAGGUGAACGUAGUGCCUCUCACCAUCCAGCUGAUGUACCAGUUCUUCAAGAGGAUGAUGGGAUUUUUCUUCCCAGGAAGAAAUGUUGAGGAGGAAGAAGUUACUGAUGAGGAGGACAAGUUCAGAUUGGUUACUACUGGUAUCCCUGUCAAGCCUCGGCAGUCGUCAGAGGACACCAUGGGCGCUAUGGGCCCCAGCAAAGGUGUCACCCAGGGACUGAACCGUACUGCCGGGGUCAGGAGGUCGUUCAGGAAAGCUCCUGAGCAUCCUGUUGAUGACAUUGAUAAGAUGAAGGAGAGAGCUGCGAUGAACAACUCCUUCAUCUACAUCAAGAUUCCUCAAGUGCCGCUCUGUGUCAGCUAUAAGGGAGAAAAGAGUAGUGUGGACUGGAAGGACCUGAACCUGGUUCUGCCCUGUCUGGAGUACCAUAACAACACCUGGACGUGGCUAGACUUUGCCAUGGCUGUGAAAAGGGACAGUCGGAAAGCACUUGUAGCACAGAUGAUAAAGGAGAAGCUGCGUCUGAAGCCUGCGUCAGCCUCAGACCUGCGGGGGAAGGCAUCUGAAGGGAAAUCGGACAACAGCCUGCAGCAGCAGGAGGAAGACGAGAAGGCGCGGCUCCUCAUCGGCCUCAGCACCGCAGACAAGAGCUCCAGCAAGAAGAGCAUCUUCAGUCGACGCAAGUGAAACACAAACACACACAUCUCACAACCCGAGAGACAAGUUGACUGGAUGAUCCGCUACAGCAGCUGCCACACUCCCUCAGUGAAGGGGAUCAGGGAAAAAGCAGACUGCCUGUUAGGGGUCAAAAUAUCAACCCGGCUUCAAGAAUCACAAUGAAAAAGGGAGAUGGUGUUUCAAAUAGUUUUUAGGGUUACCUUAAUAUAUCAUAUCAGCCUGCUGAACUUAAGAAAAAAAUUCUGGAGUUGUUGUUUUUGAAAGGCUACUCCUGGUGUGUCUCAGAAUAGAAAUAUAGCCAAAAUCCCUGGCAAAAACAAAACAGCCUGCAGGGAACUCAAACAGCUCCAGGAUUACCAGGGUGCCAUUUUGACCAAAUAUAUAUUAUUUUGUUUAUGUGUGUGCCAUUUAAAAUUUCACUCUACAACUUUCAAAAUAAUGACCACUUAGGUUGCAUUGAAUGUAGCGAGGAACAUUUAUGUAGCCAGCACUUCACUGUUACUGUUUCCUCUGCUUCUUACAAAUGCAUGACUGAGAGCACCUUUUCCUGCUGGCUCAGGAACACUGUAUGUCAAACCUGUUAAAGUGUGCUAGAUUAAACAGAGCUCAAUUCAAAGCACCUUGAAAACCUCUUUUAUGCUGUUGGCUGUAAAAGUAGAUUUUGAAAUGCCAUAAAAUAAAUAGAUAUAUACAUAUUAUAUAUAUAUAUCAGUUUAUGUUUUAUCAAUUAAAGCUUAAAGAAACUGUACACGGCUGUAUGACUGUCGCUCUGACAGGAAGGCCUUUUCCCACAAAUGACCACAAAUGAUGCUAUUUUAUAUUUCACUUAUUAAUGACGGUCUGCAUCCCUCAGCUAGCUGUUAGACUGUACCUCAUCCCAGUGCAAUAUAUCAAGAACGGAGCAGCAAAAAUAUUUCAAUGUGUUGUAUAAUGUGGCACCUGGUUCGAUGGUAUUGUGGCAAAGAAAGAAAAAAAAAUGUUGCAGCUAAUCGCUGAGUGUAUGUUUUGUAAUUUUAACACAAAAGCACUUUUUAUGCAAAGUAUUUUGAUAUUUUUGUAACCGCGGUUGUUUCUGUUGAUGACUUCUUCUAUAACUGUUCUGCAAAGCCUGUUAUUGCAGUCACGUUUCUAUUAAGAAGAAGACAAGUCACCCUAAGCAUUUAAAUUAAACUGAUCAUAUCUGACUGAUUUCACUGUUUUGACAAAGCAGAUUUAUUCUAAUUUCUGUUAGCUCUGUGACUUAUUGUUUUGUCUGUCAAUAAAAAAGUGUUCUAGUCUGGC